AGUAUCAUUUUAUCAAAUUCUACCUUGUUUGUUGAUUCAAGUAUCUUCCAUCAAUAAGGCAACGCUAAGCUACAAAGGUUAGAAAAUUUCCACAUUCAAUUCAACACAAAACUAUUUAAUCUCUCAUGAACAAUAAUAACAAUCAAUUACUUUGAAAAGAAGCAGAACAAAACAAUGGCAAGUGCCAACGUUGCAUCAGCACUUGUCUACAUGGCAGAGAAAUGCAUUUCCAUGCGAAACUUCAAGCUCAUCCACGCUCACGCUUUCCGCACGUGCCUCCACCAACACGCCGUAGUUCUUGGCAAGCUUUUCCGUUUCGCUGCCGUCUCUCCCUUCGGCGAUUUAUCCUACGCACACAACAUGUUCGAUCAAAUGCCUCAACCAACCACCUUUUUCUACAACACCCUCAUCCGUGCCCAUUCUCAUUCCACCACCCCUUCCUUCUCCUCCCUCUUCUUCAACCGCAUGAGGCGAAACAGCAUUGCCCCGGAUGAGUUUUCUUUCACCUUUUUGCUCAAGUCACGUUCUUUUACAAUGCCUUUAGUCCAUGACAUACACGGCGCGGUUUUUAAAUUCGGAUUUUGCCGUCAUUUGCACGUUCAGAAUGCAUUGAUUCAUUUGUAUGCUGUUGGGGGAGUGACCAUUUCGGCUCGUAAGGUUUUUGAGGAUGCGGUUAGAGUGGGUUUGGAUGUUGAUAUUGUGUCUUGGUCUGGGUUGCUUGUUGCACACGCAAAGGCUGGUGAAUUGGAUGUUGCACGGAAGGUGUUUGAUGGAAUGCCGGAGAGAGAUGUGGUUUCGUGGACUAUUAUGUUGUCUGCUUAUUCGAAGGCCAAGAGGCCUCAUGAGACGUUGGAUUUGUUUCAGGAGAUGAGGCUUGCUGGGGUGUGGCCGGAUGAGGUUACUGUGCUGAGUGUGAUUUCGGCUUGUGCGGAGUUAGGUGAUGCAGAAAUGGGGAGGAUGGUGCACAAGUUUGUGGAGGAGAAUGGGUUUGGGUGGAUGGUUGCGCUUUGUAAUUCUCUAAUUGAUAUGUAUGGGAAGUGUGGAUGCUUGGAGGAGGCGUGGCAGGUGUUUGAUAGGACGAAGAGGAAGAGUUUGAUCACAUGGAACGCAAUGAUGAUGGUGUGCGCGAAUCAUGGCUAUGCUGAAGAUGCAUUUAGGUUGUUUGAAGGGAUGAUUGGUUCUGGUGUUGUGCCUGAUGGGGUGACAAUUCUGGCACUUCUUGUUGCAUAUGCUCAUAAGGGGUUCGUAGAUGAAGGGAUUAGAUUGUUUGAGAGCAUGCAGAGGGACUAUGGCGUCGAACCUAGAAUUGAGCAUUAUGGUGCUGUGGUGGAUAUGUUAGGACGUUCAGGUAGAUUACAAGAGGCAUACAAUCUGCUUACAAGCAUGCCAAUUCCAAGCAAUGAUGUUAUAUGGGGAGCUUUACUUGGAGCCUGCAGGAUUCAUGGUGAUGUUGGCAUGGGGGAAAGGGUUAUAAAGAAGUUGUUGGAGUUGAAACCAGAUGAAGGGGGAUACUAUAUUCUCCUCCGUGAUAUCUAUGUUGCUGCUGGCCGGACUGCAGAAGCCAAUGAGAUGAGGCAAGCAAUGUUAGCUAGUGGAGCAAGGAAAAAUCCGGGUUGUAGUUGGGUGGAAGCAUGAACGUUAGAUGUGCAUAAACAAUCAUUAUGCAAGGCAAUUUGAUGCCUGGAUGUAGGCUGUGCACUUAUGCUGUGGAGGCGUCCGCAAGGAAUCUUACUCAUCUCUGAUUUUGCCGCUGUAUUGUUGAUACAAGGAUGAAAAUCAUGUAACAGUUUGGUUGAGUCAUCGUUAGAUCGCUUUAAAUAACUUCUAUUGUUAGAUUUUGUCUUGUGCCUCAUCGUCAUUACAAGCGCUGGCUUUUGUGUUGUCGAUCAAUGUGCUCUGCAAAAUCAAUGGGGUUGAUCGACGUGUCAAAAAAUUUGUUCCAUCUCAACUGUUGAAUUUUCCUCUUCCUCUAAGUGGAAAUGCAACUUAUGAAUAGUUCUGGUUCUGACAAUCAAGGUCAGAAGGGUUUGUUUCCAAUGGACUUUUUCUGGAAUGCAAAAUCUUCAGGUUGGCUAGCUACACUACAUGUUGUUUUCAAUUGUUCUCUUACCAGAAUUCCCUUUUACGCGAUAUUUUGCUUCUAAGCACUUGCACACUCAAGCUACACUGAUGUUUAGUGGGCUAAGCCUUCCAAAAAUGCUAUUUGGCCUAGGAUUCUUGACAAAGGGACUAAAUGAAAAAAGUUGACCUGUGGAAAUUUAUCUAUGAACCCAGAAGCAUUGGCAAGAUCUGCGGCUUCUCUGACUUCUUUUUCAGUCGAACCAUCCUUACCAUAGGUAAUAUUUUCUUUAAUGCUGCCGGUAAACAGAACUGGCUCCUGACUGACCAAGCCUAUUUUCUGUCUAAUCCAUUUAAGCUGAAAUUCUUUUACGUUGAUUCCGUCAAUGAGAACUUGUCCAGCUUGUGGAUCAUAAAGCCUCUCUAUCAGGUUAAUAACUGUUGAUUUCCCACUCCCACUUUGCCCCACCAAAGCUGCUGUUGUUCCCCUUGGUAUUGAAAGAGAAAAUCCUUUGAAUAUAGCUUGAUCUGGCCUUGAAGGAUAACUAAAACUCACUUCUCUCAGUUCUAUGUCCCCACCAAUAUCAUCAAGCUGCUGACCUGUUGUUUCAUAUGCAUCAAUAUCUGGUUUCCUGUUAAUCGUUUCAAACAUCUUAAAUGCCGCAGCUCGUCCUGAAGCUAAAGCGCUGAGGCUAGGAGAUGCCUGACCAAGAGAACUGAAAAAAGAAUAAAAGUACUAUCAAACUAUUUUCUUCUCUGUGUGUGUGUGUGUUUGUUGAUGGAUGGAAAAAGUGUUAUUGUAUAAGAAUAACAACGAAGCAACUCACAGGGACCCUGUCAUUAUUGCAAAUAUUACGGUCAUAAUGUUCCCUCCUGUGUACCCUUUCUCUACUACCAAUUUGCCACCAAACCAUAUAGCCAAACCAUACGCACAGAAAACAAUAAAAUAAACUGAACCGAUUCCAAAACCAGAAACCAAUCCCUCUUGCACACCACUCUUGUAUGCUUUUGCUAAAGAUUGAUUAUAUUUAGCUAUAGCUUGCUUCUCCCCAGUGAAUGAUGCAACCUGCAGCAUUGGAGUAAUGGGUAUUAUUAUUUACAUAUUAUUUUCCUUAGAUUUACAAUGUAAAUUAUUUCUGUAUACAUACAGUUCUAAUAGAACUAAGUGUCUGUUCUACCACCGUUUCUGCUUCAGAAUAGGUAACUUGUCUACGGGAUGCCACUUUUGCAAUAACAAUACUCAUUACAGCACUAGCAAAGACAAGAGGUGGAAUUGAGGAUAGCAAGACAAGGGUUAGAAGCCAUCCCUUAACAAAUGCUAUCACAAAGCCUCCAAUGAAAGUUGCCACUGACUGUAUCAACUGUCCUACCUAAUAUAAAAGAUGGAAAAAACAAAACAUAUAAAACUCUUGAGUUAUUAAGUUGAUUUAAUACUUCAAUAGUGAUCCUCUAGUACCUUCUCACCCAUUGCAUCUUGAAUAAGAAUUGUGUCACUUGACAUCCUUCCAACAACCUCGCCAGUAUUAGUUUCUUCCAUGUCAAAGAAGCUCGUAUCUUGCCUCAAAAUUGCUCUGAGGUAUAAAUUUCGAAUUCUUGAUGCUUGUCUCUCCCCAGUGACUAUCCAGCAAGACACCUCUAGCAUAUUGUAGACAUAGACAUCUUUGUUAUAACAUGUUAUAUAUUUUUUGUUUUAACCCUCCAGUUCUCCGAAGAAAUUGAUCAUAGUAAUCUGAAGUUCGGAUAGGAGGUGUGUAAAGUUUGAUAAAUAGUUGUUUCAAGUAAGGUUCAAACUCAUA